UCGUUUCUCGCUACCGCCUCGCCCGACUUUGUGAGAGCUAUAGUUUUAUUACUACGUUCGCUUUUCUCUCUGUCUCUCUCUCUCUCUCUCUUACCUCUCGAUUUUUUUUCUCUCCUUUCUCCGCCCUCCCUUCCUUUUUUUUUUUCGCCCCCACCACCACCACUCUGUCUCAGUCUUCAGAAGCCGAGCUGACAAUGGAAAUCUAGCGAUACGACGAUAUCACCGCUUGUACGCCGCUUAGAACCGGGGAACAGCGUCCGUUAUUCCGUUAAGGGUUUAAAGAUUACCGGGGACCAGGCGCUCUCAUUCGUGAUUCUUGUCCCCUCUCUCGUUUGACGCUGCUGCUGACAUUCACGCUUCGGACUGCAGGGAUUUGCGUGCAAAGCUUUAUCGACAGCUCAAAGGUAAUAGUUGCACAAUAACUAAUUGUAGGUCUACCUUUGAGGAGGAGGAGGAGUGGGAGGAUCGGAUAUUUAUAUUGUGUUUCAAGUGUGGGAUAUUCUUGUCCACAAUUCUGAGCGCGCUCAUAAUAAUACGACCGUAUGCAGUUGCUAGCGCCGUAAAACACUUACCCAAGCAACAAACAAACAAUUCUGAUCUAAAACGAAUAUAUAUUAAAAACAUUUUUUUCUCGUUUAUUAUGUAAACAAGAACGAAAACAAGGAAAAAUUGCAAUUGACACAAACGAAACAUGUAUUUAAUUAUAUAGUUUAACUCUACACAACUGGAUAAUAACCAAGCUGUGCUAUCAUUUGGGGAAUACGCAAUUCCAAAACGAGACAUCAUGUGGAGAAACGACAAUUUUCAGAAGCGUGACCUCAAUCCGUUCAGCAUCAGCCGUGUGCUAGGAGAUGACUUCGGGGCCUCAAAGUUCAGAGAUCACGGGGAUGUCAACGUGGACGAUGACGACGAACAUGAGGGAGUACGUGUGAGAGGAGGAGGAGGCUCGCCAUCAGAACCGGAGGACACGAGGUUCGAGUCUGAUGGCUCUCCUAGUCCGUCGUCCUUCGCCGAUGAGACCCGCCCUCACCUAACUCUCCAGGAAGAGGAAGCCGCGGACGUAGCCGCUGGGAGACAACUCAACAAAUCCAACAUGGCGGACGUCAUAUCCGGUGACACCCCCCUCGUGCAUCAGAGGUUGACAUUUCAGCAUUAUCACCGUUUGGGCUCUUUGGGGGGUUUGAACUCGGGAUAUGAGCAACCACCGCACAAUAACAUGAACACCGCCGUCUUUCCACAACAUCGUACUUCUUUCGCUGAAGACGAUCAUCAAGGUUCCAUGGAUCUCCGUAUUCACUCCCGACAACACCAAUACAACAACAACAGUAGUAGCAGCAACAGCAACAACAACAACAACAACAACAACAACAACAACAACAACAACAGCAUCAACAGCAGAAACCACAUCAACAACACAACAUCAGACCAUCCCAGCAUGGAGGAGGAAGAAGAAGUUACCUCAAACAAGGCCAAUAUAUUUCCAAUGAUGUCGCAGGAUCUCAACAAACGUCCACGCCAGGAGGGGGGAGAAGAGGGCGAGGAGGAGGAGGAUAUUUCCAUUAUGUCUGAUUCUUGUGGGGAUCUCGGAGGUCACGUGAUGGAAGAAGAGCACCUGAACGUCCAAGGGGAGUGGGCAGAGGACGGGGAGACAACUGCAGCCGCUGUGACGUCAGAGGACGACAGUCUAAAUAACAAGGAUAUCUCGUCCCAGGAGGUUACAAAAGAUCAAACAGCUGAGGAAAAAGACUGCAAAAGCUGCGAUAACGACGAUGAUAAAGAAGACGAGGGUAAAGAGAAGAAGGAGGGAGAGAAGACCGAGGAGGAAAAGAAGAACGAGAAGCCUCCUUUCAGCUACAACGCUCUGAUCAUGAUGGCCAUCCGCAGUAGCCCCGAGAAGCGCAUGACGCUGAGCCAGAUCUACGAGUUUAUCACCAAGAACUUCCCUUACUACCGGGACAACAAGCAGGGCUGGCAGAACUCCAUACGGCACAAUCUCAGCCUCAACAAAUGUUUCCUCAAGGUUCCCCGCCAUUAUGACGACCCAGGCAAGGGCAACUACUGGAUGAUGGACCCUUCUUCUGACGAUGUCUUCAUAGGCGGGACAACUGGGAAGCUCCGGCGUCGAUCUUCCGCCAACUCACGCCACCGCCUAGCGGCAAUAAAACGCGCCGGGUUCCCCUUCCCCGGCUUCCCACCCACGUUCUUACCUCACCACGACCGCAUGGCGGCGAUCCAGAUGGCGCUGGCUUCCGCUUACCACAGUAUGGCGCUCCCUCCUAACGGUAUAGGACCUUCUCAGCACCACCACUCACCUCAUUCUCCGCUAGGGUGCGCUAUGCCUCCGCCUCCUUCGUCUCCCCAUCAACAGCUCCCUCCUACAAACGCCAUGCUCUCCACCGCGUCUCUGCAUCAUCACCACCAAGCAGCGAUGGCGGCAGCAGCAGCAGCGGCAACUUCGUCUCAUCACGCUGGCCAUCCACCGGCGUCAUCACCGUACUUAUUACCACCAUCAUUGUAUCCGCCCUUCGCAGCUGGAUCGUCCAUCCCAGGAGGAUUCCCCUUUGCGGCGAUGGCGGCGGCAAGAUUACGCGCGGUUUCGUCGCCAGAAACGGCGGCAGCAGCUGCUGUAGGCUCGAAAUCUCUGUACGACCAGCGCACAACUCCGUCACCACCUGCAGGGGCUGGUUUGAAAUCUUCUCCGUCUCUAGGAGGAGGUGGAGGUGGAGGAGGAGGGGGAGGAGGCGGAGGCCAGAAGAUGUACCCUUUCAUCGGUCACUUUCCUCACGACCCCCACCCCACGGCCCCACACGCGCACGCUUUGGGGAGCAUGGACCUAUGUUCUCGUCUGCGUGCGAUGUCCGAACUCAAACACCACAUGUCGUCGUCUGCCUGGACUUCUUUAGCUAUGACGUCAUUUCCGGGGAUGCCUUCCGGUGGAGCAGUAUCCUUAAUGGACCCUGGGAAGUUCUGCUCCUCCUCACAAACAGCGAGUCCAAACUCAGCACUUGUGACGUCACCUAAUUCUCCUUUUAUGCCUGUAAAUUCCAAGCAUCGGUUUUCUUGAUCUCUAGCUUUAUUUGGAAAAUUUGAGUCUUGUGUGUGGAUGUGUUUGUAUGUGUGUGUGUGCUUGUGUGUGUCUCUCUGUGUGUAUGUAUGUAUGUAUGUAUGUAUGUAUGUAUGUAUGUAUGUAUGUAUGUAUGUAUGUAUGUA